AUGGACCGCGCUGAAAGUCUUGAGAGUGCAAUUUGUGCAGUGCAACAGGCCAUCGGACACGCCGGUCUGUCCUCUGAAUGGACAAGUAUCCUGAGCUCGAAGCUGCGGAGGCCAUGUGAACUAUGUCCCGAUGUGAGGAGAGUUCUUGAGAAGAAUGGCUGGGUUCGGGGUCAGUUUCGAUCUCCCCCAGUACGAGAGCUGCUGCUCAGGGAGCUCCGUGAAUUGGCAAACACAGAUCACGGACAAAGCUCGCUCCCUGUGCGGUUGGAUGAUGACCGCCGAUUUGAGAAACAAUAUUCUUUUGAGGAAAAGGAAGCACCAGUUGGAGAAGGAACCUACGGAGCAGUGUAUCGGGCCUUUUGCAAUCUCUCGCGAAAGACUGUAGCCAUCAAACGUGUGAAGAUGGAGCAUGAAGACGAGGGGAUGCCCAGCACUGCGAUCCGCGAAGUAGCCGUCCUGAAGGCAGCAGACCAUCCAAAUGUCGUGAAAUUGUUGGAUGUGGCUUGCAGUCCAGGGCGUUUGCAUUUGGUCUUCGAGUUUGUCGAUGCCAACCUCAAGCAGUACAUGAAGAAGUUUGGGCUACGUUUGGAAGCAGCAGUGGUACAGGCUCUUCAUCGGCAAUUGAUGCAAGGAAUCGACUAUUGCCAUGCGCGCAGGAUAAUCCACAGAGACCUAAAGCCUCAGAAUAUUCUGGUGGAUGGCCAGGACAAUCUGAAGAUUGCCGACUUUGGGAUGGCACGAGCCUUCAACCUGCCAAUCCCCAAGUAUACGCAUGAGGUUGUUACAACAUGGUAUCGCGCGCCUGAGAUCCUCUUUGGAUGCGAAGAUUACUCCUUAGGAGUUGAUGUUUGGAGUGCUGGAUGCAUUCUUGGCGAGAUGGCAACUGGUGCAGCUCUCUUUCAUGGUGACAGCGAAAUUGACACCAUUUUUCAGAUCUUUAAGAAGCUUGGAACCCCUUCUGAGGUGGAAUGGCCAGGGCUUUCUGAUCUCCCAGACUUCAAACCGACCUUUCCGCAGUGGCGGAAGCGUCCCUGGAGUGAAAUUCGCAACACUGCCAUUCAACUUGGUGUUGCAGGGACGCGACUCCUGGACGCCAUGCUGAGAUAUGAUCCUGCACAUCGGAUCUCGGCAAGGCAGACAUUGCAGCAUGAGUAUUUCUCAGGGCUCGAUGAUGUAGAUGCCAAUAUGACUGCAGCUUCCUAG